AUGUUCCUUACACUCACCGAAGCAGGAUACGAGACAGUUAUCCCUCUUCUCCCCAGCUGUUCCAACAUAAACGCCGAGGAUUAUCCCACUCGGACGCUCGACGACGACUCACUUGCCAUGACCCAGGAAAUAGGAACACUCGUUGAAGGCCAUGGAAAGCUCGUCGUUAUGGUCAUGCAUUCAUAUGGAGGUGUGGCUGGGAGUAACGCCAACCCAGAGAACCUGAGCUACAGGAAACGCCGGGAAAAGGCACAGAAAGGAGGAGUCAUUCACCUCUACUAUAUCUGUGGUCUGAUCCUCAACGAAGGCGAGUCAGGUCAAGACACCUUAACAUUCCUCGAUGAAGAUGACAAGGCUAACGGUGUCUGUUGUUUCCGCAACGCGGCGAAACUACUGUACAGCGAUCUGGAUUAUGCUGAGGCCGCUUUGUGGGAGUCGCGCAUCAUUCCGCAACCUGCUGCUGCACUAUGGACCCGAGUGGCUCGCGCUGCCUACAGAUACAUCCCAUCGACGUACCUAGUAUGCGAGAACGAUGUUCACAUGCCUCCUCCUUUUCAGGAGGCGUUUUCCAGUUUUGCAGAGGCCGAGGUUGAACGCUGCAGCGCAGGUCACGCGCCCAUGCUGAGCCAGCCCGAUAUGCUGGUUCAGAGAAUAUCGACUGCAGCAACCAGAGCUAUGCAAAUGGUGUCAGAUUGA